AUGAGAAUAAGGAGAAUAUGGACAGCCUUGGCAUUAUCACUCCCCGUUGUGAGAGCCGCCGUACUGGCAAUCGACUACGGAGCGGAAUUCACAAAAUUAUCCCUCGUCAAACCUGGCGUUCCUUUCGAUGUCGUCUUGGAUAGAGAUAGUAAACGUAAGAUACAAAGUGUGGUGGGAUGGAAACGAGAUGAUAGAUUGUUUGGACAAGAGGGUAAAAUGGCAGCAACAAGAUUUCCGGAUACCCACUUUCCUUAUAUAAAACCUUUACUAGGUUCCACAUCCCCACGAUUAGAUACAAUCUACCCAACUCCUCCUACUAUCUCACCGGAUGGAGUUCUUAUCUUCCCUCAUCCUUCCCCACCUUCCCACUUAGGCGACGAAACCACUUGGACACCCACAGCUCUGCUCGCACACCAAUUAGCUUAUUUUCGGACUCUCGCCGAAGACCUAGCUUCUAGUGGAGGUGGAAAAUCUAGAGAACCCAUCACACAAGUCAUCGUCACCGUUCCCGCUUGGUGGACUCAACCUCAACGUCGAGCAUAUAGAGAUGCUUUAGAACUUCAAGGUCUGACAUGUUUGGCAAUGAUUGGCGAAGGAACAGGCGUGGCUUUGAAUUACGCUAUGACACGUUCUUUCCCUACAUUCGACCUGGAGGAUGGAACUGGACAAAAGGAAUAUCAUGUGGUUUAUGAUUCUGGAGCCAUGAGCACCACCGCUACCGUUGUAGCUUUUUAUCAAACGGAAAAACUUCCCACUCCAAAGUCAAAAACUCCCAUAGUUACGACUCAUAUCGAUGUUCUGGGAACUGGUUGGGAAGAGAUAGGAGGGGUUAUGUUAGAUAUAACAUUACAGAAAAUGCUCUUGAAUGAUUUCAUCUCCAAAAGUGGGAAGAAGGAUGCGAGAGAUGAUAAGAAAGCUUUAGCCAAAAUCUCAAGAGAAGCCAACAGAGUAAAACAUAUUCUAAGUGCGAAUCAAGAAAGUAACAUUGCAAUCGAAUCUCUAUAUGACGAUAUCGAUUAUAAAUCUCGAAUCUCCCGUGCGGAUCUGGAAUCCGCCAUAUCGGAAUCUCAAUCCCUUUUCUCAACACCCAUCAUUUCGGCUCUAUCUUCUGCUGGAGUAACAUUGGAUAAUAUCUCUUCUGUCAUUUUGUUCGGAGGUAAUACAAGAGUACCUUUUGUCCAAUCUGCCAUUCGGAAUGCUUUGGGGGGAGACGAGAAAGUCGCACAGAACGUUAAUGCGGAUGAAGCGGCCGUUUUGGGUGCGGCGUACUAUGGUGCGGCUUUGAGUAGACAAUUCAAGAUGAAGACUCUUGAAGUGGUGGAGAGACCCGUUGGGGAGAUUACCUCCGGAGGACAGGUGGUUUUCUCCAAAUCCAGUCGAUUGGGAGAGAGAAAGAGUUUGCUGUAUACACCUCAAGACGAUCUCACAAUGGAGUUUGAACAAGCAGGCUCUAACCUAUCGUUGAGUAAGAUAGCUGACCCGCAUAGAGAGGCGAUCCUUUCCGUACAUAUCCACGACGUACAAAAAGCCUUGACCAACUUCACCGCACCACAACCGGUCGUCAAUCUUACCAUGCGUUUAGAUCCUAGAGGACAUUUAUCAGUGGCUAACGCGGUCAUAUCUUCAAACAUUACGACCAAAGAACCGGGUAUGGCGGAAGCUCUCAAGGGGUUAUUUGGGAAAAAAGACAAAGACUCUGAUGCGACGAAUGUUGAGGAGUUGUCUGAUCUAUUAUCGACAACGACCAAAGGAGACAAAGUGGCAUUACGGUUCAAAGAGACUGUGUUGGGUGUGAAGCCCAUGACGGGGGAACAGAAACGAUCUACCAUGUCACAAUUAUCAGCCGUCGCAUCUUUCGAAGCGGCGAAGACGGCCCGUGAAGAAGCUAGAAACUUGCUUGAGGGAUAUCUAUAUCGACUAAGUGGGCUUUUGGAUGAUGACGCGGAAAAUAGGGCAUUACAUGAAUUUGCGACGAAGGAAGAGAGGGAGAAGAUGGGAAAGUUAAUGAGGGAGAGUUUUGAAUGGUUGGGAGAACAUGCGGAAAGAGCAGAUGAGAUGACUUUGAAGUUGAAGAGGGCUGCGUUAGAAUCUCUUGAAGCUCCGAUUAUCCUGCGAUAUAAAGAACACACAGCUCGUCCUCGUGCAAUCGACGAUUUCCAACAGGCCAUGUUCUCCGCUCGAGCCUUUUUCGUAGAAGCUCACAAGAACAAUUCUCUAGCUCUCGAAUCUAUUUCAACAGCACCUUCAGACAAACCUGUACCUCCACCUAGAUAUACGGAGGAAGAGUUGAAAGUCGUCGAGGAUAUGUUGAAAGAUAAUGAGAAAUGGAUAGAUGGAUUGAUGGUGAAACAAGUCAAAAUAGAAGGAGAUAAAACGAAAGAUCCAGUGAUUUUAAGUAAAGAUUUAGACGACAGAGGAAAGAGGUUACAAAAUACUGUUCUGAGAUUGAUCAAUAAGAAACCCUCAAAACCACCCAAAGCCAAGAAUACAACUUCGACCACUUCUACCACUUCCGUCACUCCCACAUCUUCCGACAACUCUUCAUCAGCGACAUUCAUCCCGAAAGACACACCAACCUCUCAGGUCGAACCAGAUAAAGUAGAAGACGCUCUUCCCGCAGAACCUGAAGAAACUCCCGUGCUUCUGGAAGGUGAGGGGGUAAAAUUGGAGGAAGAAGACUUGAUGGAAGAUGCGGCUGAACCGGAACCGCAGGAAGUACCUAGACAUGAGGAGCUGUGA